CCCUCGUCGCUGCCGCCGCUCUCCUCAAGACUCUUCAGGUGAUUACUCGCGGCUCGUCUUGACUCGUGCUUUUCAUAGCACGACACUCGGACGAGCAGGUAGCUUACUCUGGAUUGUGUCUGUGUUAUAGUGAAAUCUCGUUCUUACGCCGGUCUUUAUUCUUUCGUCAAAAUGGUCCGAGUAUCUGUCCUGAAUGACUGCCUGAACAACAUUGUCAACGCUGAGCGUCGUGGCAAGCGUCAAGUGCUCGUUCGUCCCUCGUCCAAGGUUAUCGUCAAGUUCCUCAGUGUCAUGCAGCGACAUGGUUACAUUGGCGAGUUCGAGAUUGUGGACGACCACCGAUCGGGCAAGAUUGUCAUCCAGCUCAACGGCCGUCUGAACAAGACUGGUGUGAUCUCGCCCCGCUACAAUGUCCAGGUUCCCCAGAUCGAGGCCUGGGUGAACUUGCUUCUCCCGGCUCGUGGGUUCGGUUUCAUUAUCCUCACCACGUCGUCUGGUAUUCUUGACCACGAGGAGGCGCGUCGCAAGAAUAUUGGUGGCAAGCUCCUCGGCUACGUGUACUAAGCUAUUCGCCGGGUUGUGGUUCAUGCGCUAGGCAGCGGACAAAAUUGUAUUUAGCAGUGGUCUGAAUACAUGCUAUGAUUACGAUU